GCAAACUGAAAUGAGAUCACAGAGAGAGAGAGAGAGAACUUCUUGUCACGCUGCUGAACGAGGGCAAAAGGAGCAGUCCAAAGGCACUGAGAGCCGACGAGAGACUGUCGACGGGGAGAAAUAUCGAGUUGUGACCGGGACUGAUAGUGAAUUCCAGACCACCUGUGACGUCAAUGGCACUCCAAGCCUGGCAACACACUUUCGGGCCUCGCUUUUGUCCACUUUUUGCCUCCGCCAGCAUUUUUUCGAAAGGGCUUUUAAGUAUAGAAUCUCGUGGAAAAUGAGUCAAGGCGCUUUUCAUACUGUUGACGCGUGAAAUUUCAUAUGAAGAAUCACGUGAAAAUACCCUAAAAUUGCGCAAGAUGUGUGGCAUGAUUCACAGCAAUUCAGAGAAUUGGGAGAAAAUCUCCCGCCAUUGCGCAGUUGCGCACACCCACCGCCUGAGGGCGACGGUGUGCAGCAAAGUGGUGCUCGCGUGAUGGCCGCGAAUGUCAACUUUCUCGCGAGAGAUAACGAGAUUUUUCGGGGAAUUUCCAUGCAAAAAGCGACCGGGAGAGGUGAAAAGUGAGCCAUGUUCCGUCUGAAUUAUCACCUCAGGUGUCUCACGCAUCUCUCCGCGUCCCUCCGCACGCAAUACCGCGCGCCCAUUGCCAGAUAUGCCGCGCAGAGUGCGGACAGCACGACUCCUCGUGCACCCGAUAAAGGGGACAGCAAGAACCCUGAUAAAGUCGUGCCCAAGAUCACUUUGCUGGGUCCGGACGACUCAACGACCGUCGUGACGAUGGAGGAGGCGCAGAAAAUUUCCCGCAGACGGGAUAUGAGACUGGUAAUGGUGGAGGAUAUGAAUCCGAAGUCUCAGAGAGCCAUUUACAGAUUGAUGACGAAUGCUGAAUUCAAGGAGGAGCAACUCAAGUCCCACGCUGGCAGUGAUUCCGAUGAGAAAAGCAAGAAAAAGGACGCAAUAAAGGGUCAAAAACUCCUCCAAAUCACCAACAAGAUUGCCGAUCACGAUCUCCAGGCACGCGUGAAGAGUCUCAUCAAGUGGCUGGAGAAGAACUACCGCGUGAGUGUAAUAAUAUCCGGCGCCAGUCCCGAUUCUGUUGCCACGGAGAAAAUCUUCCGGGACAUCGAGACAAGUACAAAAUCCCUGGGGAAGAUUGUCCAGAAGCGCUCAAAGGGCAGCGAUAUCAGGUUCCAACUCCAUCCCACGCCGACAGACUCAGAGAAAGCCGCCAAGGUGUCAUGA